AUGGGAGUCCCGACGUUCUACCGCUGGCUUUGUAGCCGGUAUCCCAGAGUCGUCAUCGACGUGGGAGAAAAUCAUGUGCAGGACAUGCGCGAGGAACUUCGUCUCAAAAGAGAGAGACGCCGCGCGCAAGAAAAGCAGCAGAAGCCUUGUCAGAGUCAGCAGGGCGAAGGCGCUGCGCCUGCGGAAGGAAACGAAGGCGAUGCGAACCUGCCUGCGCCGCCAGCGAAUGAGGAAAACGGCGAUGAAGAUUUCGGAUACGACUGCCUUUACCUGGACAUGAACGGCAUCAUCCACCCUUGCUGCCACACGGAUGACGGUUCGUGCCCAGCGACGGAGGAGGAGAUGUUCCUGUCGAUUUUCCAGUACGUUGAUCGCAUCGUCGACAUCAUUCAGCCUCGCCAACUCCUCUACUUGGCUGUUGACGGUGUCGCGCCGCGUGCAAAGAUGAAUCAGCAGCGCAGCCGGCGCUUCAAAGCCGCAAAAGACAUCCAGGAGGAAGAGAAGGCGUACAACGAGCUGAAGGAGCAGUUUCUCAGCGAAGGCCGCGAAGUGCCCCCGAAGAAGCAUCGCUGGGACUCCAACGUCAUCACGCCAGGCACCCCGUUCAUGCAUCGACUCGCCAUUGCCAUCACGUACUACAUCCAGGACAGAAUGGCCACACGCGAGAGCUGGAAAGGCUUGAAAGUCAUUUUCUCCGAUGCGACUGUCCCCGGGGAAGGCGAACACAAGAUCAUGGACUUCAUUCGGCAGCAGCGCAAGUCCCCUGACCACCGCCCGAAUUUGCGCCACGUGCUGCACGGAGCGGACGCGGAUUUAAUCAUGUUGGGCUUGGCGACACACGAGGCGAAUUUCUCGAUUUUGCGAGAGGCCGUCGUGGACAGGACCCCCGAGCAAGUCUGCAGCACGUGCAGCGCGGCGGGGCACUCGGCGGAGAACUGCAAAGCGGGGUUCGGCGCGGGGAGUCUGAGCGCGGCCGCGCCGCUCAGCGACCCCGAGAAAAAGGCUUUCGAGGUCUUUGAGCAGGACAAAAGAGGCCUCAAGCGCCACCUCGAAGAGCGCGGCGUAGAGCUGCGCGAGGACUGGGCUACCGGCCUCGAAACCCACCGCCGCGGCUGGAAGCCGCUGCAGAUGCUGCAGCUGCCGGUGCUGCGCGAGUACCUCACGUACGAGUUCAUCACCACGCAAGAAGGCGGCGAGGCGUACGAUUUGGAGCGCUGCAUCGAUGACUUCGUGUUUCUCUGUUUCCUCUGCGGAAACGAUUUCCUGCCGCACCUUCCCCACCAGUCGAUUCAGCGAGGCAGCAUCGACGCGCUCGUCCACCUGUAUCUACACCUACGGCCUAAAGUCCUCACAGACUACCUCACCCACGAGGGCAAAGUCAACCUCCGACAGUUGUUCACGUUCCUUCACCAUCUGGCCGUCAUCGAGAAGGAAGUUGUGCGCCGUGACCUCCAGCGAAAGAGCCGCAUGCGCGAGCGGAGUGAGCAGCAGCGUCAGCGAGACCUGCUUUCGGCCGCGAAGAAUGCCGCAGCGCAGUUGGAGAAGGCUCGUAGGGGCAGCCAGGGAGGCGCCGACUCGCGGCAGCCGCCCUCAGGGUCCGCGCGGCCGGAGAGCGGCGAGCUGUCCAACGAGCAUGCCGCGCGGCUUCUGCGCCACCAACUCGAAGAGCGCAUUCUGGCUGGAGGCCCGCCGGUCGCUCGCCAGGGCCCGCUGGAGGGCGCGGAGACACCUGCGUCAGGGGAAGGCGACACGCGACAAGACGGAGCGGGCGCUGCGUUCGCUGAGGCCGCGACCGCGGGGGAAGGCGAAGCGGCUGGGCGAGACCAGCAGACGCGCUUCGCUGCGGGCGAAGGUGCGGACAAGCCGAACUCUCGGGCGCAGCUGAAGGAUGGGGGCGGCGCGGGCGACGCGCAGGGCGAAGAGGCCGCAGAGGGGGGCAGCGGAGGCACCGUGUCCCCGUCCGGCGGGCCUCCGCCCCACAAGCGUCGGCGCGGGUCCGCGGGAGCGGUGCCGGUCGAGGACGCGGCGGCGGGCGAGGGCGCGGCGGCGGGCGAGGGCGCAGCGGGGCGGGAGGGGGAAGGGAAGAUCCUUUCCGUGCCGGCGGGGAAGAAGCGAGAAGAGGAUUUCGACUUGUUCAAGGCGCGGAUGUCGAAGAAGUUGCAGCGCGAAAUCGACGGCGACACCCUGCUGAACGACGAGGUGGACGGCGGCGUGGGCUGUCCGGACCGCGCGACCUGGCGGCAAAAAUAUUAUCACCAGAAAUUCCACCUGCCCGAGGACAGUCAAGUGCAAGACAUCGAGAAACUGGCCAGCGACGUCGCGCUGGCCUACCUCGUCGGCCUGCAGUGGGUGCUGCUCUACUACUACCAAGGCUGCAGCAGCUUCGACUGGUUUUUCGCCUUUCACUACGCGCCUCUCGCGGUCGACCUCGCAGACGAGCUGCAGAGACGCCUCCAACUCGACACGAAAAAGGACGAGGCACUCCGCCGCGGCAGUGCCCUCGUCGCGCCCGGCGCCCCGAGAUACACCACGCCGCAGACGCCGACAGGCGUCUCCCUCGUCGGGAAGGAGGGGGAGUUCGAAAUCUCCUUCAACCUUGGUACCCCCUUCCGCGCUUUUGAGCAGCUGAUGGCCGUCCUGCCGCCAUACAGCGCCUCGUGUCUGCCGCGCCAGCAUGCAGCGGUCAUGACGGACACGCGCUCUGCGAUUGCGGAUUUCUACCCUUCCGAUGUGAAGAUGGAUCCAAAUGGAAAGCGGCACCAGUGGCAGUGGGUGGUGUUGCUGCCGUUCAUCGACGAGCAGCGUCUGCUGCGCGUGUGCAAACCGCUGGAGGUCUUCUUGACUGCCGAAGAGCGCCAGCGAAACCGACGCGGGAGCGACCGACUCUUUGUGCAUCGCACGCAUCCUCUGGCGCAGCAGAUGGCGGGGGUUACCGCGGCCGACGGCCUGGGCGUCGCUUCGGCGGACGAGCACGCGGAGGGCCAAGCCGCGGGCGGACACAGCGGGGUCUGUGGCGCUGGCAAGCUGAUGCAGGGCGAGGCCGCGUGCGCAGGCAUGACGGGAAAGCUGUUCUUCAAUCAGUUCUCUGUUCGCGCCGGAGACACGAUCGACAGUCCCAUCGAGGGACUUCCAGACUUCUCUUGCGUCACUUUCUGCUGCCUGUAUACUCCAUUGCGCCCGCCGCAAACUCACCGGUCUGUUCUGCUCGAUGGCGUCAAGCCAUAUGUGCCUAUUCUGGAGCGCUUCGAUUUAGAGGACGAAGAGCGUCGCGACCGCGCGUUUAGCGGCGCGGUGGCGCGGCGGAUUGUCACGCACUGUUUGAGUUCUCGUAACCACGACCACCGCCGCGACGGGCCUCCGCCCUACGGCCAGCACGACGGGGCAGGCGCCCCCUGGCACGGCGACCGGCCUCCGCGAGGCGGGCGCUUCCCCCCGGAUGGGCGCGGGGGCUGCGGUGCUCCGCGGCCACCCUUCGGCCGUCAGGGCCACGGGCCUCACCACGCGCGCGGCGGGCCGCCGCGGGGUGUUGUCGCCCCGCCUGGCGGCUUUGCACACGGCGGGGCGCCGCCUCCGCCACACGUCUACAGCGCGCCGCCUGGCCACGGCUCCGGGUUCGGCUGGGGCGGAGGGGCGGCGCCGGGCGUGAUUCCGGGAGACCCCUGGGGCAGGCAGUUUGCUGCCGGGGGGUACGGGAGGCACCCGCAGGGGCCGGGUCUGAUGCCCGCCCCGCCCGCGAACGGCUACUACGCAGCGGGCGCGGGGAGAUACGCCAGGGGACGAGGGGGCGGAGGCGCGUACUCCCACGGCGCUCCGCCGCAGGUGGGCGGCGCCUUCAACUACGGCGGGGGGGCUACCAAGGGGGAGGAGGGUACCGCGGAGGGAACGCGCCGCCGGCGCCAGGCUACGCACCAGGCAGCCAUUCCCGCGGCCCGCAUGGCGGCGAGGGAGAGGACAGAUACGUCGAUCUCAACUUCCGUGCCCACCAGUAUGGUCGGUGAGUGCAUGCGGCGACGUAGAUUCGGCGUAUGCCAGAGACGCCGACGUCACAAAUGUGCGGCGCGACGAGCAGAAGACGCUCGCGGGACUGCUGAAGCAGCGGGGGGGAGAGUGGAGGCGCAGGGAGGAGUGGGAGAGAGAGAGAGAGGGGCAGAGAAGGCGGGAAACGCCAGUUUGGUGUGUGCGAUUUGCACUCGGCGUCUGUAA